AUGAAGCAGUGCUGCCUCUCCCUGCUCGCCGUGGGUGUCCUCCUCUGCCUCCACAGUGCCCAGCCUGGGGUCAUGAGGAGAGCAGUUGACCCGAAGCCCGGGUUUUGUCCGGAAUUCUAUCCUGAAUGUCCAUUCAUCUUGUUCCCUUCGUGUCGGCGCGACCAAGGCUGCAACGGGGCCAAGAAGUGCUGCUUCUACAAGUGCCGGCACCAGUGUGUGGAACCCUGGCAGACGCUGGACUGA